AUGUCAACAAACGGCACAAACGGUGUCCGCACCAACGGCACCAACGACUCCGUCAGCAUGGCCGACAAGCUCAAGAACAACCGUGCGCGGCGCAUCGUCGAUGCCGCCGCCGCCGGUGGCUAUGCCAUCCCGGCCGUCUGCUGCUACACGCUCGAGGCCGUUGUUGCCACGGUGCGCGCCGCGGAGGCCAAGCAGUCGCCGGCGCUGAUCCAGCUGUUCCCCUGGGCCAUCGAGUACGCCGACGGCUUGCUGCUGCACGCGGCCGCCGAGGCCGCCGACCGGGCGUCGGUGCCGAUUGGCGUGCACAUGGACCACGCGCAGACGCCCGAGAUUGUGCGGCGCGCGGCCGACCUCGGCGGGUUUGACGGCAUCAUGCUGGACAUGUCGCACUACGACAAGGCGGAGAACCUGCGGCUGACGCGCGAGCUGGUGGCGUACUGCCACGCGCGGGGGAUCGUGACAGAGGCCGAGCCGGGCCGCAUCAACGGCGUCGAGGACGGCAUCGAGGACACGGGCGACAUGGACGAGAUCCUGACGGGCCCCGCCGAGGCCGAGGACUUUGUGGCGUGCGGCAUCGACUGGCUGGCGCCGGCGUUUGGCAACGUGCACGGCGUGUACGGCCCAAAAGGCCCGCAGCUGCGGUUUGAUCUGCUGACGAGCGUGCGCGCGGCCGUCGGCGACCGCGUGCGGCUGGUGCUGCACGGCGCGCACGAGCGCUACUUCCAGGAAGAGCUGCUGCGCACGUGCAUCCAGCACGGCAUGGCCAAGGUCAACAUCAACGGCCCUGUGGCGGCGGCGUGGACGCAGGUGCAGGGCGAGCUCAGCGGCAAGGUGUCGCUGACGGCGCUCGUCGAAAAGCAGACCAAGGCGAUGCAGGACGUCGUCGAGUACCACAUGGACUACCUGAUGUCGACGGGGAAGGCGGGCGGCGUGGGGAAGGCGGCAUAG